AUGCUUGAGCAUAAGGCACUAUGGGCAUUGAAGAAGCUAAAUUUACAGUGGAAGGAUACAACCAAAUCUAGGUUGAAUGGUAUAAAAGAGUCGGACGAAUUCCGGCUCUGGGUAUAUGAAAGUUCAGCACUUUACAAUGAGAAGAUGAAGUUGAAUCAUGAUCGAAAGAUUGAGAAAAAGGUAAUUGAAAAGGGUGACCAAGUGAUACUAUACAAUUCUAGGCUUCAUUUGUUCCCUGGAAAGCUAAAAUCUAGGUGGCAUGGUCCAUUUACUGUGACAAAAGUGUAUCCCUAUGAUGCGUUAGAAAUAGUGAAUGAUGGCACAAGUCCAUUCAAGGUAAAUGGAUACAGAGUAAAGAACUAUAUGGGAAAUAUAGAAGAAGUAAAGGAACUAGCUCAUAUUGACCUUGAUGAAGUCUGA